AUGCACUGGAUAUUAUCAAAAGAGGCUGUGACAGAGGAUAUUCCUGUUGUCCUGAUACAAGAUAUAUUCCAAAGCAAAGAAUUUUUGAAUGCUGAAUGCAAAGAAUCCUUUUUAAGGGGGAAGCUUACAAUGUCGCCAGAGAAAGUUAUUCAAACUGCAUGGAUUACUAUAGGACAGCGAGAAAAUAUUAUGUGGGCUAAAGUUCGCAAGCUUCGUUUCACAGCUUCAAAUUUUGGACAAAUUGUUACAGCAAUUCGAAAAAACAGGUUAAAUGUGUCCUUGAAAAAGAGACUACUGAGUGCAUACAACUUGGAAAAAAGAGCACCAAUCCAGUGGGGGCUUGCCCAUGAAAAGACUGCAAUACAAGAAUACUGCAAGCUCUUUGAAGUAAAUGUUUUAGAGACAGGAAUAUGGCUUCAUGAGUCUGAGGUACUUGGAGCCUCUCCAGAUGGUUUUGUCCAAGGAAGUCCAAAGGAUAUUACUGAAAGAGUGCAUCAACAAGAAAACAAGUCAACAUUAGUGUCACCUGACAUUGUUGAGGUGAAAUGCCCAUUUUCUGCCAGAUCAAUGACAAUCAAAGAAGCUUGUUCAAAUGUUAAGGAUUUCUUUCUUGAUUGUAAUCCAAGUGAAAGUUCACUCCACCUCAGGACAAAACAUGAUUAUUGGCACCAGAUCCAAGGACAGUUGUACCUGACAGGAACACAGUGCUGUGAUUUAGUAGUGUGGACUCAGACAUUCAAGUUGUUCGCAUUGAGAAAGAUGUGUCAUGGUCACCAAACAUCUCGAGCAUGAUCGAGUUCUAUUAUAAAGUGUUUCUGCCAAGUUUGUAAUAUUAAGGACUCAUAGUGGUUAACAAAUGA